GCUCUGGGCCAUCGACGGACGCACUUGGUAGCCUUGCGUCUGUAUGAUUCAACUAGGCCAUCACUACAAAUCGCGACGCAGCAUCUCCAGGUUUUCUUCUCAACUCCCCUAGCAAAUCUUUCUUUCCGCCAUCGCAUCUUUCAUCAUGUCCAUCUCACCAAUCAUAACUUUCAAGGCGGGCAGAUGCGAACUUCAGCAAUCCGAGUCGAAGCCGUACAAAGUAACGCCUCAACCCGAGCCGGGCUACAUCUACCUCUACUCAGAAGAUGAUCUGAUCCACUUCUGCUGGCGAGAGCGCAAUGAACCGCUCGACUCGCCCACACUAGACCUCGUGAUGGUCCCGACCGACGGCCACUUCGUCCCUUACGAACUGCCUGGCGCUAACACAAAGACCAAUGGCCGCAUCUUCGUCCUCAAAUUCAUGUCUUCUUCACAACGACACCUGUUCUGGAUGCAGUCGAAACCGCAAGGCAGAAGUGGCGACCCCAGCUGGUUCAGCCCGCGGGAUCGGAAGAUUGGGCAGAUCAUCCACAGUCUACUACAAGGCGAGGAGGUCGAUGUUCAGAGCGAGCUUCGAACGGUCAAUAACACAGACAACGACGACUCGCGCCGCGACGAUGACGAGACUAUGGAGGACGUUGAGGGUCACGGUGACUCGAACAAUCCCCACGGCGGGGCAGCUGGAGGUGCCGGACCUGGUGCCACUGGCGGGGACGUACGAGAAGAGGGUGAGGUUGCCAGAGAGGGUGGAGCUGAUGGAGCUAGAGCUGCCUCUUCUGGUGUUGAUGCUGCGACGGCGGUAAGAAACUUCCUCAAUUCACUGGAGGGUGGUGCUGGAGCUGGUGCAAGUCAAGGAGAAGGAAAGCUCUACCCGCUGUUAUCAGACCUCCUAACACCCGCGACAACCAUACCCAUGGCCAUGCAAGCUACAGUGGACCAGAUCGACAAUCUGCUCAGCUUCCUACCCCCUGCCGUCCUCAUCCUGGCUCAGCAGGCCGACUCAGAAGACGCUUCGACAGAACCAACACCCGAUGCCGUCGAGGCAGCUAAGCAGGCGAUGAGCAUUGGCCAAAAGAAGGCUUUGCUGGAGAAGGUGUUGCGAAGCCCCCAGUUUCAUCAAAGCUUGACGAGUCUCACAAUGGCGCUCAGAGACGGCGGAUUACCCAGUGUGGCGGAUGCGCUUUCAAUCAAGGUGGAUAAUGGCGGUUACUUGAAGGGGAGUAGCAUGCCCCUUGGAGGGGGAGAAGCUGUGGAAGCCUUUAUUCAGGGUGUCAAGAAGACGGUUCAGGAGAAGAAGUAGGGUCAUGCUUUGUCAUAUCAGAUGGUCUAGGGUUCAGAACAAGUCCGUCCUUGCACAUAAGGUUCAGAUAUAGAUAGAUGCCAACCAUUGGUUGAACGCAGCUGGAUUGACGUUUCCAAAUGAUCCAUACCCCCCAACACGUCAAACCUCCGAAUUGCUGGCUGAUGAACCUGGAGACUUGAUAACCGAAGACAGCAUCAUGGUAGGGUAACCCUUAUAUGGAAGGUCCGUGCGUCGCGAUUGCUGUUAGCUAACUCCUUGACUCCUUACGCAUGCCA